AUGAAUUUACAACCUCAAAUUGUGUUACUCAAAGAAGGAACUGAUACUUCGCAAGGUAAACCCCAAGUAGUAUCCAACAUCAAUGCCUGUCAAUCAAUUGUCGAUGCUGUCCGCACAACACUUGGUCCUCGAGGUAUGGAUAAACUCAUCGUUGAUGGACGUGGAAAAGCAACUAUUUCAAAUGAUGGAGCUACAAUUAUGAAGCUUCUUGAUAUCGUUCAUCCAGCUGCAAAAACUCUUGUCGAUAUCGCAAAGUCACAAGACGCUGAAGUCGGUGAUGGAACGACAAGUGUGGUUCUUCUCGCUGGCGAGUUUUUGAAGCAACUGAAGCCAUUUGUUGAAGAAGGAGUUCACCCACGCAUCAUCAUUAAAGCUAUUCGUAAAGCUCUUUCACUUUGUAUCGAAAAGAUUAAUUCAAUGGCAGUAAAAAUAGAGAAAAGUGACAAAAAAGAACAUCGCGCCCUUCUCGAGAAAUGUGCAUCGACUGCUAUGUCAUCAAAAUUAAUUCAUCAACAAAAAGAUUUCUUCUCGAAAAUGAUUGUCGAUGCUGUCCUCAAGUUGGAUGAUUUGAUGCCACUCAACAUGAUUGGAAUUAAGAAAGUGACUGGUGGUGCUUUAGAAGAGUCAUUGCUUAUCGACGGUGUUGCUUUCAAGAAAACUUUCUCCUAUGCUGGCUUUGAGAUGCAACCGAAAAAUUACACAAAUUGUAAAAUUGCUUUGCUCAACAUUGAAUUGGAAUUGAAAGCUGAACGCGAUAAUGCUGAGAUCCGUGUUGAUAAUGUUGCAGAAUACCAGAAGAUUGUCGAUGCGGAAUGGCAAAUUCUUUAUGAUAAACUCGACAAAAUUCACAAAUCAGGAGCAAAUGUUGUGUUAUCGAAACUUCCAAUUGGUGAUGUUGCUACACAGUAUUUCGCUGAUCGUGACAUGUUCUGUGCUGGACGUGUACAAGAUGAAGACAUGCGACGUACAAUGAAAGCUUGUGGUGGAGCAAUUCUCACAACAGUUGCUGAUCUCGAUGAUAAAGUCAUGGGGAAAUGCGAGAAAUUUGAAGAAACACAAAUUGGCGGUGAAAGAUUCAACAUUUUCUAUUCAACAGCAGGAAGUGUUCAACGUAGUGUAACUCUCGUUCUUCGUGGUGGAGCUGAACAGUUCUUGGAAGAAACUGAACGUUCCUUACACGAUGCUAUUAUGAUUGUUCGUCGUACGAUCAAGAACGACGCUGUUGUUGCUGGCGGUGGCGCUAUUGAGAUGGAAUUGUCGAAGAUUUUACGUGAUUACUCACGAACUAUCGCUGGAAAGGAACAACUUUUAAUUGGCGCUUUAGCGAAAGCUCUUGAGAUUAUUCCAAGACAAUUGUGUGACAAUGCUGGAUUUGAUGCAACAAACAUUCUCAACAAGUUACGACAAAAACAUGCUCAAGGAAACAUUUGGUAUGGCGUUGACAUCAACAAAGAACACAUCACAGAUAACUUUGAAGCUUGUGUUUGGGAGCCUUCAGUAAUCAAGAUUAACGCUUUGACAGCCGCAUGUGAAGCAGCAAGUUUAAUUUUGUCAGUUGAUGAGACUAUUAAAAGUCCAAAGUCAGCUAAUGAUAUGCCACAAGCUGGUGGAAUGCCUGGACGUGGAAUGGGACGACCCAUGAUGUAAACAACAAGCGAUCAAAUAAUUAUUUCAUUUUCUAAUCAUUCACUCACAAACAUUUUUUUUUGUCACGAGGAAUUUUCUUCAACUGCUUCUCCUGAACUAAUCCACCACAAACGAACAUUUUUUUGCAUUAAUAAAAGAAAUCUUGUAACCAUUAAA